GUAGCCAGAAAAUCCACGCAGAGACCGAGGAAAGGAAACGUACGCUGACAAACCUCAACCUGCACCCGAGGGACCCAAACAGGUAAGAAGACCCUGCAGAGAUGAGUGAGAGAAAGCAUGACCUCUGACCUUUAAUGUGGGGUUAUUAUCCUUUUUUUUGUCUUAGAAGUAAUCACUGAUGUUUUAUCGCGUUGGAUUGACGGAAAAAAGAGGAGACAGAAGGAAACAUUUGAGUUGCAUCUUUCUAAAAGUCACUUCAUGUCAGUAUUAAGUGACAUAGAUUUAAAGAUGGGACCGCACGUAAAGAAAAGCACUUGAAUUUUACUCAGCACUCUGCAUUACUUGUCUAUGAUGUGGAGUCCAGGGUUUAGGUUUCGCCGCUGCUGUGACCCUCUGACCCUUGACAUCUACAUAACACUAAUAAUCGUAGCUUUUUUCUGCUGUUGGCCUCAGUGACAAACAGCGCUGUUAGAAUAAUCAAUGUAUCACCUCUAAAGAGGCAGCUUUAGACUUACAACAGGAGUUAAAUGAAGCAUGCUUGAGAGGCUUAAAUGCAGUCAUAAUGUAUGCACACACACCACAGAGAGCUGGAGGUGAAGUCUCUCCAUCCAAGGACCACUGUACACUUCACCUGUUUGUUUUUUUCAUGUGGCGUGUUGAUGUAAAGGAAAGGUCAUAAAUCGUUCAGAGUGAUUAGUCGUUAAUCAUUGAGGCCUGAUUUACUGCCGGGCUCUCAUGGGCUCUUUGAAUGAAGGGGGCAGAAAGCUGCUGUGUGUGUGUGUGUGUGCGUGCGUGCGUGUGUGUGUGUGGUUUAAGACCCAGAGUAAUGAGGGGUAUGUAGGGUGAGUGCAUGUUGGUUCAUCAGGGUCAGGCUUUAUGUCAGGAUUGUUUUUGCGGGUUUUAAUAUGCAUUGACAGAAAAAUACUUGUUUAGGGUGACAAAUGAAAAAAAAUCUUGAAUGUUAGUGAGUGUAUAAAAAAGAGAAGUACGGAUAAUAUUAUCUCACUGGCAGAGAGUUACAGAUAUCUACAGGCGGAUUUUGGUUUUAUUUGUUGAUUUAUAAUAGAAUUUAACAUCAGAUAAUAUUCGUAAUCACAUCUCAGAAGGUGACUCACAGUAAAUAUAUAUAACUGAGUUUGGUGAAAAGCCCAGAACACACAGAUCACAAAGGGAGUCACAAAGCUAAGGACAGCAUUUAAAUGGGUUGUCCUGGUCUGGUUCAAAGCCUUAAUUCACAUCACAUGCUGCCUAUUGAAGACUUCUCCACUUCUCACGACUCAAAUGGUUCAAUCUCUCCUCUCUGAAUUUACACACCAUAAAAAUAACUUCAAUCAAAAAAAGAUGAAACUCAUUCAUGGUCUUUUAAAUUACCAGUAUGAGUUGUUCUCUGUAAAAAAAAAAAUAGAAUAACGUUUUUGAGGAUAUGAUCUUAAAAGAGAUUAAUGUAACUGUAUUUUUUUAAUGAAUGUUGCUGCAGUGUGUAUUUUUCUAUAUCAGCACCGCCUGCUGAUAAUAUUUCCCUCAAGGCAUUUACGUGACAUUUUAACGAAGUUAAUCAACUUUGAGAUUAGCUGUCAUGCCUUUCUUUUACACCUAAUAAUUAGCAUUUGUGUUAAUGUUUGGCCUCAGGCUCACAUUUGAUUUAACCUUGAUAUAAACUCAACAAACUAAAGCCCCGUCUGGAAUUGAUUAUUGCAUAUACACUUGACGUCUGCAGGACGACGCUGGUGCAGAUCUUUUGAUAGUGGCCCUGAUGAAAUUUGGCUUUGACGUAAUGCUGUGUAAACCUUCCUGUGAUGUGAAACUGAUUUUGGGAGCUUUGAAAAUGUGCAGCAACUUUGUCUUCUGCUGGGUUUGAAAUGCGGAAAUUUUAGAGAUAUUAAACCUGCAAAAUGUAAAUUUGUGAUGUUAAAACACCCCAGUGCAGAGCGAUAGAUAUGUGGUAAUGACAACCUCAGAUUUUGAUAAAUAUUUCCCAUUUGGGUUGCAAAAGGAUGAUGAAAAGCAACAUCUGUUGGUGCUGUAUUUUCACGUGGGUAGACAGGAGAAGAAGAAGAUGCAGAGAGAGAUGAGACAACAAUAUAUUCUGUAAUUGAAUUUCGUGCUGAAAAGUUUAACUAAAGUGUUCAGGACCCUGCGGUGCAAGUCCCCUCAUAGAUUGAGGAAAACUCGUACUAAUAUUCAUACUAUUCCUUGAUUAGGAAAACUAUUAGAUGACUUAACAAAGCAACAAGUUUUAGGUCUCUGGGUUUUUUUUUUCUUCGCUAAAGUAAAACCACUCUCACUGACAUAAUUUAUUUCACCUGAGCAUAAUGAAUCCACCAAAAUACAAACUAACAGGACCUAUCAAUAGGAGAUGUUAGGAGAUUGCAUUGAAGAAAGUCUGUUUUUUUUAUGUUGUGACAAAGACGGCAGUUUGAAGCAACAUAGAUUACAUAGGCUGUUUUUAAGAGGUGUGGACACGAAUUUAAUUUAUUCAUAGAAACUCAAUCUAAACUGCCUUUGAGACAGACCCAUGAAGAGAUUGAAUUAUAGAGUUUUGGUUAACUUUAAGGGGAACUUUGGGAUGUUUAAACUUGGGCCCUAUUUUCCCAUGUGUUUGUGUGAAUUUGACUGAUGGAGGGAACAAUGUCUAGAAGUGGCACAGCAUUGAGGGAGAGCAAAGCAGCUGGCAGCAGCAACACAAGCUAGGAAGUAGCUUAACCGGACAAUUGAGCAUCGCCAGACUGCGUUCACUACAGGUGCAUUAUUUCACCACUGACAAGCUCAAAAUAUUAUUACAAGACCCAAGAACAGAUCAAAGGUUCUCCUUACCUUCCACUUGUGCCUGUCUGUGUACUAACAAAUCUCGUUUGAGACGAGACGUUCUGACAUCCCACAAGAUCUCACUUGUUGCAGGAGGACACAUGAGUGACACCAGGAGAGUCACUGACCAGUUGAUCACUUGUAAAUAGGUUUGUUGAUCCCUUUUGGUCCAUGAUGUAGACAGGAGAUGACCCAGUGGAAACCAUAGACUGUAAAUACUAUGGACAACUUGGUUCUUUCUUCUGCCAGUAUAUGGAUUUGAAGCCAAAAAGCUCUCGGUAUUUCCGGGUUUUUUCUCCACUCCCUGAAACCAACAUUGCACAGUAGCAUUGUACGCAUUUGGCCAGAGAGUUGCUAUGCUGACUCUUGACUCAAACAGCGUAUCCCCCGGGUGAACUAUGCAAUCUUCGUAUGCCCAUAGGCUGUAUCAAGUGUCAAUCAUAGAAAACAUGAGCUCCUUAAUAACUUUUAAAAAUACAGCUGCACAGAAAAAAACAAACUAAUUUCUAAAGUUUGUCCACAGCUCCAUAGAGAUUGCUGGAGGAGGCGGGAUUUAUGACCUAUACUGCAGCCUGUCACCAGAGGGUGCUGUUCUCGUGGUGGCUUUACUCAGCGAGGAGGCAGACAGUGUCCAUUCUUUAUACAGUCUAUGGUUGAAACAUGCUGAAAAGAGGCAUGUCACCACCUACUGUCGUGAAGGUGGAUACUCCCCUUUAUUUGAUUCUUUCAUGGUAAACAAGGACAAGGACAGUCAUCCAGUUAAAAUGUCUAAUUGAGCUAUGGCUGCAGCUUGACUUAACUGUGCAUGUAAACAUAAUUGCGGCACUUACUACACUUCCUCAAAAGUAAAAAAUUGUGAAAUUUAACGAUUAAUGUGUAAAAAAAGAUGCAAUAUUAACAUCAUAAUCAUAUAACACACUCGUUACCCAAACUGCACAUUUUUUUGUAUAUCCGUUAUGAGCCUUGUGUGUCUCUGGCUUGGAAAUCCCUUUGAUUCAUUUUGUUGUGCUGGUGACCUUCCGGUUUUCACUCACAGCCCAUAUUAGCCUGUGGAUAAACUUUCCUCACUCUAGGAAACAGCGCUCAUUCAAAGGCUGUUUGGGUAAAAUGGAAGAUGGGAGGAGCGUUGGAUCACAGGUUACACUGCUGGUGUGUGCAGCUCUGGUGUUAAUCCAAGGAUACAAUGUUCCUCACACAGCAGGGGGUCUGUCCAUCCUUUCAGCUGGGAGCGUUUCACAGAUGUUUCUUUGCUGACCCAAGUCACAUCUUCUUUCCUUUUCUUUAUAUUCAUAUAAUUACAGAAAUGACCCCUGCCUUAUGCACUUGAUGCAGUUUAUUUUUCACAGCUGAUUACGUGAGAGUUUGACUCAUGAGGGGAAAAAACCACUGGGGAGAGGCCUUUAUUCCUCUGGAGGCUUCUUGAGUUGUUUUCCUGCAGUCCUAGUUACAAAGAAUUGAGAAAAUAUGUAUUGACCAAAUUUGUCAUGGAUACAAAUAUGUUUGAAAUGCAGCUCGGUGUGUCCUAUUGAUUAAGCCAUCCCAUUAAACACUGUAGGAGACCAUUAUUAAUUGAGGCCAUUUUCUACACAUGACAAAUGGAGAUUAUAAAAAAUUGCUGAGGUGUCAAACUCAAUCAUAGAGGGAGACAAAAUUCAAAAUACCAUCUAAGUUGUGGGCCAAACAGGAUUAAAUGAAUAUUCAGAAGCUGACCAUGUUAAAUCAGAGCUACAAAUUUGAAGAACCAGACUAGAACUACAUUCUCCAUAAAAAAUUGAAGAAAAGUUUUUUUUUUUUUCUUCAACAGUAACAUCAAAGAAAAUGAGAGUAUUUCAAAUGUGAAAAAUUUGUUUGUAAGCAGAGCUGGGGCGUUGUGUCAGGAAUGAGGAGUGGGAACUGUGUGGGCCCCACAGAGUCAUACUGUGCCUUGAGUUUGCCGUUAUACUGAAGUUCUAUCAGCUCAGUGCAAUGUGUGCUCGGUUUAUCAGCAGAAUGAGAGUGAGAAUUUGACACCCUGAUACAAGAGUUAUAGUGUUAUUUAUUGGCUAUAAAGUGCCCAGAUCUAUUGGCCUGAAAGGCAAACACAUUAUAUUUUUAUCAUUUAUCAUUUUAUUUUUAUUAUCAGAUUGAUGAGAUGAGAUAGGAAAAAAGUUCAAAGUUGAGGGGUUUUCGUGAAUGUCCUCUUCAUCUCCCUCCAUCAAACUGGACAAAUGACCACAUACUGUGAGUGGAGGUGUUAUAAACUGAUGUCACACCCUUAUGUGUGUAUUUGAACUGUGUUACCUGAGUUGGGUCUGAGUUUAAGUUAUCCAUCUUGAUAAUAUGAAUAUCUUGCUCCAUACAGGGCUGUAAUGUAGUGGUAAUUAGUGUUUCUUCAAGUGUCGCGCUCUAUAGCAGCAAAAGCUGUGGGCUGCUACUGUAUUAGUUACAAAGCCAAAGUGGGCUAAUCACAGCGAUUCCCAACUUAAAUCUCAUAUGAAAGCAAUGUGCCCACUACAAAAUGACUGAAAUAAACUGUAAAUAAAUAAAUCUAAAUGAAAUCUUUACGAGUUUUUAUGUCCAUCACAACUAAGAUUUUUAAAAAAUGUUACGUCACCAAUUGCUGAUUAAAAAAAGUCAUGAUUUAUUUAUUUGCCCACCGUCAUUACAUUUAAGCUUUCAUUGGCCAUUAAUUAGUGCAGUUUUAAACUACUAGAUUAACAAAAACGUGGAGUUGGCUUUUGCUCCAAAGUUAAUUCAGAUUGGAAACUUCCAUCCAAAAGGAGUCGGGGCCACAACAUGAAGGCAGAGAAUCUGAAUGGAUAGCUGCCAUCUUUGGAGGGGGUGAGCAAGGGGGUAUUUCAAUCUAGAUUCUGGUUGCUAGAUAUAAACUCACAUGUUUACACACUGUAGACUUCUUUAAACGAAGGGAAUGUGAUCUAGUCUUGGUGCUUUCGGAAAGAUCAGACUGAGAAGAUGAUUCAUAUUGUUGAGAAUUCAGAGGGAAAUACACAAUGUUUAAAGAUGAAUUAGUCUACGCUGGAAGCUGCAUUCAAUAAAACCAUUUGAUAAUAUAAGAAGACAACAAACAGCACUUUUCUGACAGAACUGUGGUUUUGGUCAGUACUUGAAUUUUACCUUUUGUCUUCUAGUGGCUAGUGAUACAUUCAAAACAAGGAGCACAAUGAUGGAUAUCAUCCUUUCAAAAACACCACUUUUGCUCCACAUAGUAAAACCCUAAAAAUGGCAGACGGCCUAUGGUCCUGAGUGAAAUGAUUGAACAAAACUGUUACCAGAAUAAAUGGGUUUGUCAAAUCUUUGUGUCACAGUCCAGCAAACACCAAAAGUUAAAAACCCCACCUUUAGCCCUAAGCUGUCCAGUUGUUGAGUUAUUUUUUGAUUUUUGUUCGACGGAACUCAGAGAUCUGGAAAGAAAAACUAUCACAUCACAGCUCUUUUCUUUUGGAAAACUCAAUAUACCAUUAUUUUGUUUUGACUAGUGAAAGCAGGAGGUGUAAUAACAGAACUGAUAGCACCAAUUUUAGUGUCACUGCACACCUGGAUUGAAUGCACCCAUUAGUGUUGUUACUGGAUACACCUGGGCUUGACGCAGGACCUGUUGGCUAUGAGUUUGGUCUAUGAGUCAUAUUAGAGAAAUAGAGGGUGAAGAAUGGAGCUCAAGCAAGUAAAUGGCAGUUUUGUGCAGGUAGGAUCAAAAGGUAAAAAAAGAUGCCUGAAGGUUAUAAUUUCUCAUCUUUACUCAUACCACAUGAAAAUCAAUAUAUAAAGGUCUGAAAUGACCCUUGCCUUGAUGUAUAUGAACAUCUCCCAUCCAUUAAUGGACCUUAAAUGAUUAGAUGCAUUGGGAGGGUAAAUUGAUUUACAGGAGCGUGUCUCCCUGUAAUGACUCUGCUGCGACGUCACACCAACAGGGGACAUCUUGUGAAAGCACUGAUGGUUUCUUUUAAAGGUUUCCUUUGGCCUCACAAAGGUGAUGACGCCCACUCUAAAGAUAUAUUUGUAAAGUCAAAUGCAAGCUAUGACCAGGAGGCAGCGAGCAGGAUCAGGAAGGAAAACAGGAUUUUUGGUCACUGUUGUGGUCGUGCAGAUGUGCUGCCACUGGUUGGAAAGAUAUUUUGUGUUCUGUAAUCUGGAAAGAAUGAUAAUUGAAGGUAAAAGGGUUUACACAUAUCUCUUUUUCUUGAUUGGAAAUAAUUUUUAUUUAAGGUUACAGUGUGAUACUUGAAAACAAGGCAGAUGCAUGAGUAUCACACUGUAAACCCAAACAAGUUCAGAAAACUCAAAUUUUUUAUUGUAACAGAUUACAUAAGAACUUUUAAAUUAUGCUGAUAAAUUUUUUGAGUUACACUUAAUUUAAAAUAAAUAUGUGGUUGGUUGACUUAAUCUUUACUCCAAGCUCAAUCUAUUUUUUUUUAAAUUCCUCUAACUUUAUAUAUAUGUCUUUUCACAAUUAAAUGAUUUAACUGAACGAUACUUUUAAAAACUAAAUUACAUUUCUAUUUCUUGUAUUUUUUUUUAAAAAUGGGAACAGUACAUAUUGAUGAAGAUUUACAUGUAAAUAUGUGGUAUUACAGCCAAUUGGCUAAUUUCCAUCCCCAGUCCCAUGUGCAGGUUGAUGUUAAACAUAAAAGCAAUAAUGUUACAAAUGUACAAACAACAUGACUAAGACAGUAAAACAAUGCACUGACAACAUACUCAUAAAAUACAUAUACAACGUACACAGACCAAAAACUAAGUGAUCAAUAGUAAGGGGACCAAAAAGAUUAAAAGAGAAUUGGAAAGUGCUAACGUGCUAAUUAAAGUAUCAUGUGUGUUUCAAGUGCCAUUUGCUACAGUACAGCUUGUUAAAAUGACGAGUGCAUAAGUGCGAAAUUACAUUGAAUUGCACGAUGCACGGUACAGUGCAAGAUUUAAUUGAAUUGCACGAUGCCUAUAGCACACGAUUGCACUAGCAGAUGUGUGUCUAAAAUUGCACAUGGUUUGUAUACAUAAAUGUAUUAUGUAUACCCUUUAGUAACAAAUUUGCAUACAUGAAUGAGAAUAUGUACGCCAGAACAAAUUAAGAGUGGUACCCCAAAGCAAUUAGCCAAUUAGACAUGACAAAAAUAUAGACUUAACUGUAAACAUUGUAUUAAAUCAAUAGUAUCUACUCAAAAUAUUACAUCCUUAAUGAACUCAGAAUAUUAACCACUUGCCAACUUAAAAUGUACAACACGCUGUUUGUAAUGCUCAAAGGUAAAAAAAAUAAGCAUGAAAUUGUGUAUUACUUUUCACUAAAUUGAAUCCAGUUGUGACACCAGUAAAUAAAGCCUCUUGUGCAUUUUAGUACUGAUUUUGUCCCGUUCAAAUUAUGUAAGAGAGGCAAUUAAGUGUUAGACAAAAGAAGAGAAAGGGAAAAGGUGGGUGAAGAAGUGGGUGCAAGUGAGACGUAAAGAAAUAGAAAUAAAUGUGCAGGUAUUGACGUAUACAUCAGUGCGUAGACAGGUAAAAUGUUGCUCCGAGAGAAAGUUAAUAUAAUGAUUGGAUAUUUUUACAAACUUGAUCAGUAAUAUAGAUCUUAUUGUCUUAAAAUGUGUCACAUCUAUGUCCACUCUGCCAUUUGCCAGUUAAGCUAUCAACGUUAAAACAAAGGAGCUCAUUGUAUUUUGAGUGGGCCUGAGACAAGCUGUCAGUCAAAAUGACUUUCCUGACAGAUAAAGUAGUCCUCUGUGAGGCUCCAGGCAGAAGACUAAAUAACAUUUAAUUACCUGUCAAAGUGACUCAUCAGCGAACAAAGCCAACAUCAUGAAUACACUCUAUUCAUUCAUUAUUUGGUUUGUUGUCUUUAAUAUGCCGGGCACUCUCUCUUUUAGCAGUGGGAAGUUAUUGUUCGUCACUUUAAAACACAGCGCCCUAAUUAAAAACCGCACUUUAUUUGAUAAUUAUGCAGACAUGCAGAGUAAGUUUGUUUUCAUUGUUUACCAGAUCAUUAGUUAUACCAGUUCAUAUUUCAUAUUUACAGAUUCCCUCUAAAAUGUUAUAGAUAAAUUCAAUACAUAAGAGUCAUAGAGUUGUUUGAAAGAAGCACAAACACUGUUUUAUAUUGACCUCGACUGGAGGAGUUGGAGAUACACGGACCUUUUAAGUAGAUUCAACUUAGGUCUGGAAAAACCCUGAUUGAUAUAUUGUCAUGUUAACACAAUAUCAGAACACACAGUCAGGCUUGUGUUUUUCAAAUGUCAGUUCAAUUAAACAUAAAUCACAGAGUUGAAAACUGAAGAUCUGCAAAGAGAGUCGACAGCUUUUGCUUAUUUUUCACUCUUGACUCAAGUUUGACCUUUUCAUGAUCAUGUACAGUGUGAUCAAAAAUAUUCAGUAUUACCAGUAAGGUGCAUGAAAACCUAAAACACUAGACUGAAAUACAAUGAUAUAAACACAGCACAAUAUUCUGGCUGUGUAAUUCAAGAGUUUGUUGAUUUAAUAAAGGGAAAACUGAGUGUAAGGUUGGAUCUGAGAUAAUGUCAUUUCUGAUGUAGGAUGAGGUUACAGCACUGCUUACACUUUGUGCUGUGAUCAGACACUGUCACUGCAUCAGAUUUGGCAUGGGUUGAUCUCCAGACAUGGUAGACAUCAUGAUGGUACCUGACCAGUCACCACACCCAUUGUGAUGCUGUUGAAGGGAAGAGAGGCAGAGCUAGACGAUACCUAAGAAAGCUAACAGGAGUUACUCACAGAGCUGUAGGAGUGUGUCUGCUUUUUCCUGGCAAACAUGUCUCUUUUUUGCUGUCUAUUGUAGUCACCUCUCAAUGACUCAUCUUAAAGGCAGGGGUGUUGCUGCCAAAGCUCCACAAACUUUUUCAUCUCAUAAUUUUGUCCCAUCAAACCAGCUUCAUUAUUCCUCUUUUGUUUACACUUUGGACAUUUGUAGAGUGCUCUGAUUGUCUGUCACUGUGACAUACUAACACGAGAUGAAGCGAGUUGUCAUAAAAAAACAUCACAUUUACCUCACCCCUGAUUGAAGACAGUACUGAGAUAGCUGUAUAGAGUUAUAGAGAAUAUGAAUGAAAAAAAGGGUUAAAAAUGUAAUUUAUUGGCAUUUUAAACAUACAACUUAAGAUACCAUUAAUAACAAUAAACCUGAAAGUCAGAUGUGGACAUGAUUUGAAAAAGUAAUUUCUUAUCUUUUAAAAUUGUAGAAUGAAAAAAAUCACCCUCAGUUAUUAUGCAGUUGUCGAUCCCUUCUGAGCCACAAGUUUUUAGUUGUGUGGCAGAAACAGUGUUAUUAUGGGCUCACAGGUAAAAUGGGGAAGCAGUACAUGAGUGGAUUUUACAUUGUGCUGAUAAUCUCAUGUAAUACAGUAGUUAACAAGAGAACUCUCAAUACGGGGAUGUAAUGAAUGACUGUGAUUUCUGGCAGCUGUUUUGUCUCUUUAAGUCAACACUGAUGAUUUAAGCAGAGGUCCAACACCAAGCUCUCCUCAUUGACGAUGAAUUGUUGAGCAUAAGGAUGGUACACAAAACGAGACAAUCAUGUUGAUUUUAGCCAGAUGAUCCUGUGGUUUUCGGUGUGUGAAGAGGGAGUUUUUCCCUCUAUGAUUCACAUGGAAGACGCCCAACGUGCUGUUGUAGCUCUUAUUCCUCUCAUCUUUUAUUUAAGAUUUUUUAAUCUUAACUGAUUGUGAAAAUAUCAGAGACCCCCACACAUGAUGACAUAUGAGACCAGACGUGACAGUUUUGUCCCUGUGGUUUGUGGUGUGCAACAUUGUGGCAAACACAGCACACACCUCAGAUAAAGCUUCUUCUCACCAGCAACCAAAGUACUGACUGUCACAUCUAGGAAUUUUAUAAAAUUCUCUUGGUCAAACAAGACUGGUUAAUGCUUCAUUUAUGCUUUCUGUUUACUGUCGUUGCCAUGGCUGCAUUUAUCAGGCUUCCUUCUUCAGUCAGGUUGCCUCUUGAUUGGCUACCAUUUGUUUCACAUGACGAUGGACAUCAGAUUGUGAACAUUGAACAUGUUUGAUAUUCAUGAUUUCAAGUCGGUGAUGUAUAUGAAUCUUUAAAAAACGCAAAUAGGUUAAAGCUCUUUUGGGGAGUUUUCAAUGUUAUUUAAAUACUUUUAAAUUCAUGAAGAAGCCUUUUUAUGACGAACACCAGCAGAUAAGACUGUCAGUGACAAGAAUGUGACAACUUUUAUUUGGUCAUUUUAAUUUCUGAAAGCACAGGGGGCAGGUGUCAACUGAGCAGCCUGAAUAAAAGCUAUGUUUUUGCACUGAAAUAUUCACAAGUCAAAUAUCUGAGUGUCAAAAGUCAUCAGGACGCUAUUUUUGUCAGAAGACACUACUUGAGCAGGCAGAGGAGAAGAUAAAAGUUCCUCAUUGUAGCUUUAAUCUCUCAAACCUUGGGACAGAUUAAAUUUUCUUGACUCCACUACCCUCUCUUUGUGUUUAUUCAUUUCAUGGCCUGUUACAGAAUAAAAAGGUUUUUUUUGCAGCAUAUAGUGAUUCUUGAUCACAUACUGCCAUAUAAUAUAAGCAAUGAGAGACAAGUUCCGUUAUGAAGGCCACUUUCUGCUUCCCUGUGUGACUCCACUGUGUCCAAAUGUCCGAGCAGUUGUGCGUACACUUCCUACAAAGUCAGAGAAGUAACAGCCAGGUACAUGAUGUGCUGCUGUGAAAUUGACAAUAUUGUACAUUUAAGUGUCAUAAUAAAUCUCCAUCUCUGCUUUUAAAAAUAAAGCAUCGCUAAGAAGGAUGCAGACUUCUCCUCCGUUCAACCGCGCGUGAAUAAUCCGGCUUUAAGUCUCUCUUCAGCCUCAGAGUAAUUUAUUUUUUACUUCCUGCUCCUGAUUGGAAAAUGGCAAUAAUGGAGGAAAAUAAUGGUGGAAACAGUUGAUAAGGCAGCGUGAGGAGUUUGAGGAGUUUGAAGUCGAGUGAGUCACAAGCUGCUGGAUGACACGAUUUAGACUGGAGUUUACAGUUGAACGCCUCUUAAUUUUAACAGGAUAAAUUCAUGACUAAGAAUACCCUUAAAUCAGCAGCAUGGAGAUGGUCACUAUUUUUGACACUUUCCAAAGAGACAGACAGACAGAACCCAUGCUGUUCUGAUUUUAUAAGGCCUCUCUUUAGACAGUCCAUUCAUGUUUUACACCUCUUACUAUAACCUUUAUUGGUCACUCCUUUGUCGAAGUGUGAUUUCGAUUCUUAAAUAGCAAAACAAAUGGCACAAACUCACCCCGGUGUUAAGACGCUGAUCCUGAUACUAUAGAGAAACGUUUAUUGGACAGGAGGUUCCCUCCAUCUGAGAGCUGCUCCUCUAUCAUUAUCUCCUGGACUGUAAGACCUCCAUCAUCAGCAGCACCUCUGAGCUGCAGCAGACAGUAAUGACUUAAUUAACUGGUUUAUUUAGUGGUUAAUCAGUUAAUUAAAAGCAGAGUGAUUGAGUUUUAAAGGCUCUCGAGAGAGAACCUGGUAGACGUCAGUGAGAGACCACAGGAAAAAUCUGUCCAUUUUCAAGAGGGUUUUUCUACGUACAGAACUAUACAGACAGGAAACAGAUAAAGACUGUGUUAGGUUGCGUACCUGCGUAUGAACCUCUUUGUGUGCACAUCAGAUAAUCUGAGACAGACUGGAGUGACUGUAGCCAUGCUGCAUGUAUCCUGUUUUACGUAUUAAAUAGGAAAGUAAAAAAUAGAGACUGAUCAUAAUAUAAUAUAAUUAGGAAAAAAUUAACUUGGGGAUGUGGCCAGAGACUGUCUUAUUUUAAUCAGGAGGUUGGCUGCUCUGUCCCAGCACCAACACUCAUACCAAAGUGUCCGUGGGCAAUACACUGACCUUAAACUGCUCCUGCUGAGUCAGCAGUGUGAAUGUGUAUGAAUAGAAUUGGAUAAUACUGAUGGUCCCCUACUAUAUCAUCCAGUGCCAUUUUAGGGUGAGGCUGUAAGUACCUGUCAGUUGUAGUCCUAUAACCCGCAGUGGUUAGCGCGACCACUUUGUUAAUAAGCCAGAGAACCAGACAGGGAGGUAAGGUCCUUACACACCACCGCCAACGUAAAUAUAGCACGGAAUUACGAAAUAUUUGAAGGAGAAUUUUAACGCGCCUGACUGAUCAACGCGCCUGAUCAAGCCCGGUGCGAUUUUGCGGCUUUCCGGGUGGAAGCGAGAAGAUUGACACGACAGCAGACUGACUGUUUUUCAGUUCUGAUUAGACACUAGUGUUGAGAUGGCUUUCUGUAGCAUGUAGCAUACUAUUCUACUGGACUAUAGAAAGUAUUUACUGAGUCAAGGCCAGUAGCAGAUAAGCACAUUAAAUUAUAAUCCAAAAACGUAAGGUAACAACUGAGACCAAACGGUGCUGUGACAGCAAUGCGAUUGAGUUUGAGACAGUGAAAAUACAUAUGGUAAGUUGUAUCUGAACAGGUUAGCUUAUGAGCUAAAGUUACUUAGCACAGAUGAAAGUUAAAACAAAGACGUUUAGCAAACUGUUAAAGCACAUAAACCAUCAUCAUAUGAGAAAUCCGACGCUAUGACUCUCCACAAGUUGUCCUUUAGGUUGUUAUCUUUGUAAUGUUUGUGUCUUUUAUCAAAAAGCACUCUGUUCUCCGACACAUAAACAAUCAGCCGGUCGGCCAUGUUGGAUAUACCGGUGAAUCAGACGUUGCAACAAAACACAAUCUGAUUGGUCAGAAGUGGACACACAGUAUGCGGAACUUUAGAAAAAUUGACCAUGAUCCAAAAAAAUUAAUUCUGCAAUAUGGCAGGACGGCAAAAUGUCGCUGAUGUGAACGCUUGUAUUGACAGGAUACAGGUUCGAAAAAAGAUAUUGACGUCCGAAAUAAUCGCACGUAAAAAGCGGUCCUGGUGUGAAAGGACCUGUAGGCUUUCAACUGCUGCAGACAGGGUAAACUCAACCAUGCAACGUAGCUUAUUUAAUGAAAGUCUGAGGCAAACACCAAUCUGGGUAAAUUAUAAGCUUUAUUAAAGCUCAUUCAUAUUUGCUCUGUUAAUUGGUGCAACACAUUUUCCUCUGCCUGUAGUGCACUCAUCAGGGGUUCAUGUUUACUACGGUCAGUUUAACUUUUUUGUACACUUAUCUUCUUAUUUCAGCUCAGUCUUCUCAUUCAGCAGCUAACACAGGGCAUUACAAUAAGGUAGAUGUAUUGUGCGUACCAUUGGUUUUGUAAUUCUUAAAUAGAAUAAUGAUUAAAGUCAAAAACUUACUUUCAAAAAGCACAUUUAUUUGGUUUGUCUGGUUCUCUGAUUUGACAAAACCAGUGCUGUUGUGGACUGAACCAGCCUAAAGGAUCAUUGCUUUUAUAUCACUAUGUUCAAUGUCUUUUUUUUUAGAAUAUUAUUGCUACUGCAUGCUUUUAGUGCCCAUAUAGGCAGUAUUUUGGACUCUUACAAUGAAAGGAGAAUUAAAAAUCUGUUUUUAAGUAACUGUUUGAUGACACUUGUCAAAUGUUUACACCAAUGUGGACAUUUCUAAGAACAUUGCUGUACUGUGCAUUCUGGCCUAAUCCAUGUAAAUUGAGCUUUAAAUCACUGGAGAUGGAGAUAUUCCAGUAUGGAUUCUGAGGUGGAGAAUUUAAAAAACUAAAACAGAAGUCUAGAGAAGCACUUAUGUCUCACAUAAAGAAAUUGUUGUUGCACUGUGCAUGUGCAAAGGUGUUAAGCUUGUGGUUUAUGUCUGUACUGUUAGGUUAAAUAACAUACUAACAGGGAAACCUAGCUGCUGCAUCAUUGUACUGUGGUGUGGGCACAAAGAAAUAUAACACACUCAGUAGUUUCUAUUUUUCCACUCAGUUCAAAGUUUUUAUUACACUGUAUGGAACUGCCAGCUGCUAAAAGAGACAUUCAAUGUGUUGUAAUGCAAAAUCAAAUGACGCAAAGUACAAAAGCUGCAGCUCCUCCAGUGUCCACUUGAGGGAGACUCCAAAAGCCAGCCCCCAUGAGUUCCCUCAUUUUAAUGGCCAUUUUUACAGCAGAAUUAAACUUUUGCAGCCAGGUUCAACAUUGGUUUUUGAAUUUUCUCAAAGUUAUGACUUUAUAAAGGUAAAGGUCAAAAACUUUGGUGCGCAGCCAGGGGUCUGAACUCCCUUAAGGAAGGUGCCAGAGAUCUGCUCUGAGUUUAUUGAAUAUUUAGGUUAACUUACUGAAUAAGACUCUGUGACACACUUGUUGGACAGUUUUUUCUGUGAAAAAAAAAAGAUUAAAAAGCCAAAUUUUCCUUGGGAGGGCCUUUGGGGUCAUUGUUUUCCAGGAUACAAGAAAGGAGGCUCCGAGAACAAGAAUCAUCAGCUAUUUGUCCUGGUGCUUUAUUUUGCAAUGAAAACCAAAAAAAAAAAAAACUGAGAAAAUGAGAAAACCCUAGCAGAAAAGAAAGCAUACAUACCAUUUGGUUAAGGACAUUGUUACGUAAAUGUUCACUUUCAUGUUUCUGAGAUGUAUAGAAUGCAAUGUCUGGUUGGUGACGUCUCAGUGUGUCCCUCUACUUAAGAGCAGUAAGACAGUAAGACUAGGGUCUUCAUUGCCAAACACAUGUUGAUAUAUACCAUUUAUUUGGACAAAUAAACAGUUAAGACAAGCAUUGAAUCAGGCCCCACCCUGAUAGUGUUCAAUGGCAAAUGAAGCUAUAAAUUAGGCCUAAAACUGUCUCGUGUGUGGUCAAACUAAACAGAGCAACAUUUCCCAGAUUCACAGUAUAUCAAAAGUAAAUGAAGUUUCAUUUAAUCAAACAAACUCACCCAAAAAUCAACAUAAGCACUGAACUGAAUGAUAUAUUCUGUAAGUUAGUUGGCAGCCUGAUAGCUUGACGAAAAUGCUGUCUUAUAGGCUCCAAAAUCUCCCCUGAAAGUUGGGUGUUUUUAACAAACUCAACACAAAUUCAGGACCAAAAGCUGACAGAGUGGAGGAGUUUUGCGGACAUAUCUAAUAUCAUAUAGGUUCCCAUAAAAAUGAGUGAACUUAUGGUUGUCCCACCUCUGUAUACAUAUGCAUAAAAGCUACAAAGAGCGAUUCCAUAGAGAUUAAAUCCAUGUUUUCAACGUUGCCAAGCAUGGCUGCAGACCUAAAUGACUGGAUUUGUUUGUCCUAAUUCAUUUCCAAACAAAGAUGCAGCGUGUGUACGUGUCCUCUGGUCACGCCUCAUUAGAAGACAGAGAGGAGAGGAUGUGAAGUCUCCUUCAUGCAUGAUCCUUAAUGAUGGCAGAUAAUGUUUUAAGCCAAGAGUCAAUAACAAGAAGAUGGAGAAAGGAGACACAUUUUGACUAAAUGAACACGCCCAAGCUGUCUAACUAAAUCUACUUCCAUCUGUUAAUCUGGUCCCGCCCAAAGCCGUCCCAUAACGCUGCUCUGUUGUCCUUCACUGACAAAUGGAAGAAGAGAGUCCUAACACUCACUUCUAUUGUUCCAACCCCUAAACUGAUUAAUGAAGAUAAAUAAUGAUUAAUUUUCAUUAGUUUUACCAGAGCUGUUAUUAAAGGGAUUGGACUGAACUGAAGUGCAAUCACACUUUUAUCAGUUUUUAAUUACUCUGAAUAAAUCUCCCAAUUUCUAAGACGUAUUUGAAUGAAAAUGAAUUAAUUGUACUUUCUGCCAAAUUAGUUUAAAUGAUAAUGACAACCUAAAGGUAAGGGAGCAAUGUAGAAAAGUGUGUUAUGAAUGUGCUGUGUAGAGGGCACCCACAGUGUCUGGAUAAGGCGUGUGUGUGUGUUUAGUUGUAUUUGUGUGUUUGUGUUGAGCUAUCCUUGUCUGUCUGAUUGCUGUGUGUGUGUGUGUAUAUUGUGCACGUUUUUGAGCAUGUGUAUGUUUGUCAGAAACAAACAAUGACUCAGUUUGUUGCCAGCGGUGUUAAUUGAGGCAUCAAUUAAAGGAGUUAACGAGUUUGCUUAAUGAGAUGAAAACUCUGGUCGUGUUUCUGACGUCAGACUCACCAGACUGGGCUGUUCCCACCAGAAUAAGGUCAAAUCCUUUUUUUUUUUCCUUCCCUCUCUUCUGUUGACUCUCCAAGUCUCUCUGAUUCGUGCUUCCAUCCUGCUGUUCUCUACGGCUCCUCUCCUUUUCCAACUCUUAUUUUCUCUGUCCAGUUUCAGAGUCCUUAAUACAAAUGCCCAUACAUUUCCAGACUUGCUUCAGGGCUGUUGCAAUAUACUGGUAUCACAUAACAAUCUUUUUAAAAUAAUAAAAUACUGAUACUGUGUUUAAAAUAAGCAUGUGCGAAUACUGUAAGGUCAUUGCAGUGGUCAUUUUUGCUGGCGGCAUAAAGCAGAUAGACAAGACAAAGCAGCAGUAGCUAGCGAGGUAGCGGUAACAGCAUUCUGAGAGUUGAUUGGACAAUUUCAAAACAUUACAAUUUAACAAUAUAUUGUAAACCUGACAACAACUUCAGAGCUUAUUUCUUUUGGGAUUUCUAAUGAGUUGAUUAUUCAUACUUUCUUAUUGUUCUUUUAACAGUUUUUAUUGAGUUCUUAACUAAAGACCUACCAGAAGUACCAUUUAUUUCAAAUUAAAAGCACAGUGUUACAAUGCAGGAAAAAAUAAAUAAAAGGAAAGCCUGAUAAGUAAUUCUUUCAUGAUCAGUGUUAGGAGAAUUUUCUUCAGCCAAUCCCAUCAGCCUUUAGGGUGGUGGAGGUUUGUAACUCAGAUACCAUGGAUAUGUUGGUGCUAGAUUCCUGGAGCCACGGGCCUCCAACAACCAUCCUCAACAAGGACCUUGUACACAGGUUCAGUUCCCAGAAUAUGUUGUGCUAUGGUAUUCUCCUAUAUGGGCUCUCCAUAUGUUUAACUAAGGCUCCUUAAAAUAUGUUGUUCUUUGUUAUUACCCUACAUGGACUCUUCUUCAGGUCAACUAAAUGCCAGCAGAAUGCUUGGAAACAUAUAUAUACCUGAACAGUCUCAAACCAGACUUUCUUACACUUGUUGCAUGAUCUGCAACCAGUAAACCUUGUCAAAACGAUCAUUCAUGUGGACCUUCUAUUCUCCCAAGUGUGAACCUGGGCUAGGCAUCCUUACAAUCAGUUUGCAGGAAACUGAAAAAAUACAGCAAGACUCAUAGUCUCAGGAGACAGUGGUUAGCAAGCAUGUUUUGCUAGUUUUCAGCUUCCUGUUAGGUGCUAGCAUGAGUUCACCUUUUAUCUGUACAAUAUAAUUUGCUUUGAGACGAGAAUAACAUUAAAAAUGUUGCUUUUAUUGUAAUGCUAAGAAAAAUAGGCUACCUAUAUAAACAGUUCUGAUCGAGUUAUGACCACCUUACUCCACAUGAACAAGAUCACAUGAGCACAAACAAAACUCUCAGAAGUUUGUUAAGAGUUUGGAAAUGAGUAUGUGACUUUGAAAAUCUUUUUAAUUGUCAUUUGGUGCAAAGUCAGCAAAUAUAUUGCUGAAGUUAUGUGUUGCUUUUGUAACUUUUUGCUGAGUUAAGCUUUUGUUUGGAGGCAUUACAAUUUUGCAAGCAAAGUUACAACAAUGACUUAUCAGCUUUCCUGUUUGCCUUGCUUACUGUCCUGGUGCCAAGCUCCAAAGACGUUUUUGUGUGUCAUUAAUUUGUUCGGUCAGCCCUACUGCUGAGACAUACUGUUAUCAGGCCACUACUACUGUUCUGUUUUUAAAGACCAAGAAUGGUAGACCUUGAUUUUUUUCAUCCUUGAUUAGUAGGUCCAAAGAGAGGUCUUGUGACAAUAAUCCAGAAAUCAGAGUUUCCAGUUUCUGUGUAUUUUCCUGAAUUUGACGCAGAUUUGGUAUAUUUUUAGUGUUACACUGGCAUUUAAAGUCCAGUUUGUUUAUGUAUAUCCUUCAAACUGCACAGUAAGUGAAAGCGUAAGUGCUCCAGUCAGACCUAACUGCAUUACAGAAUCAAAAAGAUAAACCAUGUUAUGAGUAUGACGCAUUAAAGCGUGUUGUUGACGUUGAUGUGUGUAUUUGCUCUGCACUUUGUCUUGCAGCAGCCGGUAGGACCAUGAAGACUGUGUUGGCUCUGCUGCUGCUCUGUCUGUGUCAUCCCGUACAGAGUGACUGCCAGACAGACUGCCUGUCCUGCAGCAACAUCCUGCCCAAACAGCUCAGUUUCAACACGAUGGUGAGCGGUCCAGCACACAAAUACAAACACACAAACCACAAGGUCUGAUUAAAUUAUAGGGGAAACUGCAGGAGUUGAAACAAAGCUAGAGUCGAAUUAAUAUCCUGUCUACUGUCUCUCUGAUUUAAAGGGUCAACAGCAAUGAAGAGGAGAUGAAAAUAAAGUAUAAGAAGCACAGGUGGAAAAAAAAUAAAAAAAAUAAAAACUUAAGUCUAAGGUGAAUGCAUCUGCGUUUGUUCAAUUAUUGUGCUUGUAGCUUUACUGUAGAAGAAGAUUACCAUGACUUAGUUAGAGUUUUGGCUGUGAAAAUGAUAAAAGUGGUGAAUAAGCUAAAGAAAACCAUGCCCUGGUACAUUGUGGUGUUUUUCAAAUUUAAGUCCCUGUCAUAGUAUGAGAACUACAACUGUGUUGAAUUCAUUUGAAUGGCCUUUCUUUCUGUCUGCUCAGCUAAAUGACAGUGUUGCUUUGCUUGUGGUAAGUGGUGAAAGACUAAAUUAGCACUGAGGUUUAAUGACUCAGAACAGUAAGUUAUAAGGCAUGGACCAAUACUGCUGCCAUCUGUUGGCUGCUGGUGAGUACUGUUGUUUGGGGCACACUUUUCUCCUGUGUCCCAACAUGUUUACUUAUUGAAUAUGAGCAAAUGUGACCAAUCAGUCACCUUACACAUACAGAACAUAUUCUAUCUACAUCUUAAGUACAGAUAAUAGGCCGACCUGUCAAUUAAAUUGGCCAUGCUCCUUAUCAUGCACAUCUAUGUAUUUCUGUCAGCUGUCUAAUUGUCAAAGGGAUGCUGAUACAAAAUUGGACAUUAACCCCAAUACAUAUUUUACAGAUACAACUUCCGACAGACCAAAUGCAGCUUGUAAAUAUGUGCAAAGUUUCGUAUGGACUGUGGGUCUUAGGCUCUUCUUGGCUUUAGGUGGACACUUAAGGAACCACAUUUUUUCCCCUUCCACUGCCCUGAAAUAUUACUCAGCAAAUUCUCCAUCCAGAAAAACAAAACAAACUACUCUCUUACAUAAAAACACAAACUCAUACAUACAAAAUCACCCGAAGCCCUUCAAAUUUGUUAAGAAAAUAGAUGGAGGCCUCUAACCCCACCUCACUCCCAUUUGUUUGCACCCCCCCCCCCCCCCCAACUGAAUCUGACUCAACAAAUAACCCUUUUGGCAUUUGAGUUUUAAUUUGUUGUUGCUAAUUGAUUCCUGAGGAUAGAUGUGUGUUUCUCCUCUCAGUGAGUAUUUGUUUCUCUCUGGUUAAUGACAUGCAAGCUUCUCUGACUUUUUUGUGAGCACAAAAGGCAAGAGAAGAAAUUUUAGCACACGUUUUAAAAUAUCACACUAAGCAGUUAUUGUUAGGGACCCCAGGUUAGUUAUCUUAUUUAUAGAUCAAUACCAACUGCUGUCAACUGCUUCAAAGAUGAAUACAUUUCAUGGAAAAUGAGCUCAUGCCCUUAAAUUCGUGUGAUAUAUAGUAUCGUCAAUAAAGAUUAUUUGUCUUAUCAUGACAGAUGCCAAAUUUCACAGAAAAAAAAAAAAACAAGUAAAGAUGACAGCUGAACCACUGGAGUUGUAGGUAUAAGUAGGAAUCACAUUUUAUUGAUUAUCAUAUUUCAUGGGACUUUCUGUUCAAACUGCUCCUGUAAAUCUGAGGAAUAGCAGUGAAGUAGCAUGCCAAUUCAAAGCUACUGUUUCAUAUACAAUCACUCUUUAGACUAGAGUGUAAGGUAACACUUAGAUUUAACAUCAUUAUGGACUCAGUGACCAGAGCCUGGCUCCUCCAAAGUAACUGAUGAUAGUAUUCGAACCUGUGCUUUUGCCCUUGAGAUCUAAUAUGAGUUUCAUUGAGAAUUAUCUGACAAACUGAUUUCAGAAUUAGUAUUGGGGCUAUAUUCAAUAGUUUAUUUCAAAGGCAGCACACACACUUAAUGUACUUGGUCCAGAUGAUUUUAUUUUGUAUGGUAAAUGGUUAGUUUUUGUGUGUUAAAAGGGCAAUAUGUACUUUCCUAGUGUUAUUCUUGACCCCUUUUACAUUAGCCUCUUCCAUACUGCUGUUCAGUAACAGUGAUGAAACGUUGUCAUGUCAUUGUUGCGCCUUUGUACUUACACAUUGCACCCUGACAAGACGUUGUUGCAGGACAAGCCAAUGAGGCACGGCUUGUGAACACACAGGGGGAUCCACAUACACACCGCUCUGCUCUGCUCUGCCGACUCCAGCACUAUACAUCCUCCCCUCAUACCUGCCGUUCCGCUUUUGUUACUCCCUCCAGGAGAUGAUCAGAGGUGAAAUGAUUUUGACCCUCCUUGGAAAGGCAGUAAAUAAGAGCCCAUUGUCUUAUCAUGACAGGGCUGUUAUGCCUCACCUACAAAUGUAAAUGUACAUCUCACAAAGGCAUUAAAGUAAGGCAAAAGAGUUAUACCUCUGAGUCAGUAUAGGUGUGUUGACACAGAGGACAUCAUGGCCUCAGCACAGUGAAUCAGUGUUUGUUUAUAUGACGUUUAUGUCUCUUGUGCUUCUGCAACGUUGUAACACUAUGUGAAAUAUAACACACUCAAUACCUUUGUAUGAUGCAAAAUAAACUGACUUAUUGCAUCAGUCCAAGAGAAGCUGGACUUUAAAAAUACUUGUAAACACCUUAGUCCGGCUGAAACCACACAGAUGAAUUUCUCAAAGUUGAUGUAGUGCUUAAAAGAUACUCUUUUCAUAAAUGACCCUCAGGGUGACACGUGUGUUACCACAAACACAAAUUCCUCAUAUCAUGGUUGUUACAAUGCAUUUCAACCAGGGCAUUGGUCAGGCCAAGACCACUGUCCACAGUGAGGUUUUUGUAUUUAGCUGAUCUGAGCUGAGUUAAGAAAGAAAAUUAAAUUGUCAUUUUGUCUUCCUCUCUUCAGGUGUGUCUCUCUGAGUGUGAAAGCAAUGUCUCCCCCGCCUUCUACCGUGACUUCUGUCAUAAAGUGCUGUCGUCUCCAUUGCCCUCUCUCAGUGCUGCAAUGCGAAAAAGAUCUGAGGAGGAGGUGGAGGCCCUGUUUCCUCAGGAGGAGGAGGAGGAAGAGCAGCCAGAGGGAGGUCUGUUGCUGCCCAUUGCCCUGCAGAGAUUUGAUCACAUGACCCGGGCACUCGGGGUGGACGAGAGGGCUCUGGGUGUCCAGGGGAGCCAACUGAAGACUGCCUACAAUUCCCAGAACGGUCUGUCUCUUGAGGAUGAGUAUGAAGAGGAGGCAGGGCAGGAGGAUGGGGCUGCUGAUGUAGCAGCAAGAGGACAGGAUGAUUUAGGGCUGAGUGUUUCAAAGAGGUUUGGCGGCUUUGUGAAAGGGAGGCAUGGCUACAGGAAGCUGAUGUCACCGGGGAGAUCUUACCAGAAGAGAUACGGCGGAUUCAUUGGUAUCCGUAAGUCAGCUCGCAAGUGGAACAACCAAAAGCGUUUCAGCGAGUUCCUGAAGCAGUAUCUGGGGAUGAGCACUCGGGCCACUGAGUUCAACAGUGUGUCAGAGGAUCUCACCCAACAGAAUGAAGUUUAGCGGAGUGCACCUUUAAACCACUGACAUGAAACAAAGUCUUGAUGUAUUUUCGAUGAUAUUGUUUUGUAUUCCAGUCACCAAACUGUCACCAAACUGUCAAAAUUUUACAGAUUUCACCAAAAUGGAGCGCUGAAUCUGAGUUAUUGCCAAACAAGUGAAAGCUAGGCUAUAACCUGGAGGUGUGUUCAGACCAAAAGUGAAGGAAUUAUGAUGCUUUACAUGAUUACAAAGAAACUUAUUCAGACGAUCAAGUUCGCAUGAUGUUAUGUCUUAAAAAAGUCCCACAUUGCAUCUGGAAUGAGGGAUCCACAUGCCAUUCAAGAAACAAAUAGCAUGUUUGGUUGGUGUCUUUUUGAUGCAUUAAUGAAGAAGGACUCUCCUAUAAGAUUCUUUUUGAAGCUUUUUGGCUAUUGUAUUUUGAUGGAGCUGCCUUUGAGACAGGGAUAUGGUGAGAGAGGGGAAUGAUAGGAGACAUGAAGGACCAGGAUUUGGUCCUCUGACCAGCACAACAAGGGCUGCGGCCUCUGUACAUGGGGUGCCUGCUCUACCAACUGAGUUAUGCUGUUACAUAAAAAGGGAAUCUGUAACCAUGACCAAAUCAUUGGGUUAUGGUAAAUCUUUGAGCUUUUGAAUCUUGUACUAAAAGGGCAGCAUAGUGGAUAGAGUCAGAAACUGGAAGAGGCCAAACCAGAACCCCCAAACAUUUUUUUUUAAAGUUUCCUUAAUGAAAUGGUUGAUUUAGCCUCUUUUCUACAGGCUAAUUGCACUUAACUUCAAGAAAUAAACUCUGCCUAUUUGGGGUUGCUACUUCAAUAAAUCACUUUAAAUGGAUUAUAUGUCUUGUGCUCCACAGCUAACAGGACAUCAAACCGGGCAUUGGUUUACUCCAAGUAAGGCUACACUCAUAGACAGAGUUCAAACUGUUUUGCAGGGUCUAAAAUAAAACAACAGCAAUUGCAGGAUUGAAAGAAAUACAAUAUUGAGCAAACACAAUAAUUAGAUAUAAGAAAUAUUAAGACUGAUAUGAUGAACUUUUGGCUUGUAUUGGUUUUGGCACCCCUUCAUAACUUAUACCUAUUAUCUAAUGUCACGUGCAUGUGAAAAUAGUGACAGUGUAUUCACACAAAGAAACCUUAUCAUGUUGUCUUUCAACAAUAAUAUCUAUCACUCACCGGGAUAAUUGGCUGUUGAAAGAGUCAACAAAGACUGUUUUUUUUCUCAGCCUGCUGUCAGUCAUCUGGUCUGACACCCACCCCCUCACAGCAGUUUUAAGCAUUACAUCCAUUCUACGAUGAAAUAAUCAGACUUGAUGCAAAUGGUCUUGUUUGCUUUUGAAGGUCAUAUGGAGGCGUCGGUAUCAGUCUGUUUCUUAACCAGUAAAAAACCCCUCACUGUGCCUUUAAAAAUACAAGAUCAAGAAAGAAAAAUAAGACGGGCAAAAAGGAAAAGAGGAGAAAAUAUUUGAGUACUUAAAAUUUGGUGAGACUAAUGUUCAUUAAUGAUGAUGCAAACAAUGUAGUGCAGUUUGUAAAAAAGAAAAAAACAUAGAAAAUCUGUGUUUGUUAUUCAUAGAAAUCAUAAAAACUGAAUUUAACAAGUAUGCAUCAACCUGAGCAGAUGGAGAUGGCAGUUUCGUUAACCAAAGAACUUAUUUGUUUCAACCAAAACAGACUGAGUAAAAUGGCAUAAAUGUUAGAUAAAUGAGAAAAAGUCAAAGCAAAUACUUGGUUCACUUUUUGUCUGAACACAGUAAAAGACUCACUUUAGAGUCCUUUGUCUUAAUAUCUUUCCUUCAAUGUUUUGAUUAGAAAGUAAACAACUUUCUUUCAGUCUUCAUGUAUGAAUUUUUAACCAGCCUAAGCUCUCACACUGGAGACUGACACUAGUUUGCCAUGUUAAACGGAAAUUAUUCUACUGUGAUGCUAAAUUACUGAUUACUGAUUUUCUGGUCACCCUUUCUAUACAGCAGACUGUAAUGAUUAUUUUCAGAGUGGGGUCAUCUGAAAGAAAGUGUUUAAUCUUCUGAAGAGGAAGCUCCUUUCUUUUAAAAACAUAUGAGUCCCCCUCUGAACAAGUAGAACCACUUCUGUAUUUUACUACCACCUUGUGACAAAAUGUAUAACUCUCUUUUGAAAGACAAAACCAGUGUUUUUAAUGUUUUGGCAUUGAGGUUCGACUAAAGUCAGCAGUAAUGUAAAGCAUACUUUGUGUGAUUUGUGGUAAAUAAAUGAAACCAUGCAAAAACACAACUAAAAGUCAUUGUUUUUAUCACCGUGCCAAAAAUCACCUGGAACAGGUAUCAAGAUUUUUCCUUAUCUCUGGUGCAAAGUUAAACUGUAAGACUAACAGCAGUCCAACUUCAUGUGCUACUGUACUAUCUGUCUGCCAGGCUGGUGUUAUGAUCAUGUGAGCGUCUACUCUGACUGGCUCUUGUGUCCUGAUGCUGGCUUCCUCCAUGUACAAACAAUGUUUGUUUUGUUUAUUUAAACUGUAAUGGUGUGAGGUGUUUUGUUGCCCACUAUGACAACCUGUAAAUAGCUGAAUUUAAACAUGUCAAUAAAAAUAGUUUACUAUUUCCUUUGUGGCUUGUCAUGCAGCAACUGA